GUCAAAAUGGUUGAUAAACUAAACAAGAAUGAUAAGACAAAGUCUUCAGUUAAAAAUGAAGAAGAAACAGAAGAUCCUUUACAAGCAUCUUUAAUGAAACUUCUAUCAAAAUCUGAGUUAUACUCAAAGAUAUUACAGAAGAAGAUGAAUAAUCCAGCUGAUAAGUCUAAAAACGAUCCGAUUUCACCGCCAGCAGCACCGAAGAAGGAAGUAAAAACUACGGAACCGCCACAACCACCAGCAACGAAGGCUAGUAGAUCUACGAGAGCUACAAAGUCUAAAGGUGCAUCACCUAAGCCACCAGCUGAACAGAGGAAGUCAUCUAGACAGGCGGGUAAAUUUGCUGAACAUGAUAGGAUAAAGAGAGAAGCCGAAAUGCGUAAAGAAGCACAUUUAGCUAAACAAAAACGCGUUUUGAGAGAAAGAUUAAAGCAACGAGAAGCUGAUGGAGAGGUUAUUAUCAGGCGGAGUUCGAGAAAGCGCCCUGUUGUGAUAACAGAUGAUGAAGAAGAAGAAGAUAAGAAUGAUGAUUUACCCUCAGAUGAUGCCACCGAGGUUGAAUCUGAUGGCGGCACAGUGAGACACUUGAACAAGCGUCAAAAGGUACAAUACAAAGACGAUCUUGAGUCUGAUGAGGAAGAAAAUGAGAAUGAGAGUAAAGCCCACAGGAAUGAAAAUGAUGAUAACGACAAAGAACGUGAAACUUUCAUUAUUAGCUCUUCAGAAGGAGAAGACGAAGAUGAGGAAGAUGAAGAUGAAAAGAUCACUCAUUACCCAGGCCAACCUGCACUCGUUUCAGGUACUGAACUUCGUGAUUUCCAGAAGGCUGGGGUUGAAUGGCUUUCCACGCUUGACUCAAACGGUUUCUCUGGUAUACUUGCGGACGAAAUGGGGCUCGGAAAAACACUCCAAACUAUCACAUUUUUAGCCCAACUUAUUGAAGAUGGAAAUAAGGGACCUUUUCUAAUCAUAUGUCCGCUUAGCGUAGUCAAGAACUGGAUUAAAGAAUUCAACAAGUUCACACCUAAGUUAGAACCCAUAAUGUACCAUGGUGAUGCCAAUAAACGUAAAAAGAUCCGUCAAGAUAUGAAAAAACGCGGUUUCUUUACACCUGCAAGGUACAAACAAAGAGCAAAUAUCAGACCGAAAAUCAUCUGUACGACGUACGAGAUGAUCAUUAGGGAUACCCGUUACUUCAGGAGCAUUGAAUGGCGCUAUAUUGUCGUUGAUGAAGGACACAGAUUACGUAAUCUCGAUACUAAACUUCUUAAAGAACUAAGAACGAUUGUCAGUGCAAACAGGUUGAUCAUAACUGGUACACCACUACAGAAUAACCUUAGGGAACUCUGGACGCUUCUCAACUUCUGUUUACCACAGCUCUUCGAUGAUUUAGAUUCAUUCCAGACAUUGUUUAACUUCGAUGAAGUUGACGAAAAUGGAGAGAAGGAUGCUGAUAAAACAGCCCAAUUAAUUACGACAUUGCAUGAAAUUCUUCGACCAUUUCUCCUCCGUCGUCUUAAAGCAGAUGUCGCAAAGACACUUCCUCCUAAAAAAGAGUAUGUACUUUAUGCUCCAUUGACAAAGAAGCAGAAAACCGUCUAUGACGCUAUCCUCAAUCGUCAGAUUAGAUCAGCUAUUCUCAAUAUUAAGACACAUGGUACUUUAAAUGCACCACAACCCAAAGAGGACAAAGAAGAAGAAGUUCUCCAACCCCGUACAUCUAGGUAUAGGAGGACAGAAGGAGAUACUGCUGACCAGCCAAAGAAAGACAAAGCAGAGGGUAACAAUGAUAACAAGAUUAUCUCAAUUGACGAUAACGAUGACGAAAAAAUCAAGAAGGACAUAUCAGAAAGAGAUGAUGAUAUGGAUGAUGACGAGUUCGAACAGAUGAUUAUAAACGAGGCAGCAGCAAGCGCUCUCCGUGAAAAGAAAGCGAGUCAUCAUCGUCGCGCUAUGGAAGCAGCCCGUACAGCAGCUAGAAAGGAAAUGGGUAUGAUGAAAUUCGAGAACCUUGUUAUGCAAGCUCGUAAAAUAUGUUCACAUCCGUAUAUUUUCCAUUGGGAUCUUGACGAAAACAACGAGAGGACAAUUCAGAAGGACUUGGUCAAUGCAUCUGGUAAGCUGAUGCUUUGUAUGCGUUUACUCGAAGAGUUAAUACAAAGGGGACACAAGACACUAAUUUUUUCUCAAUUCGUAUCGUUUUUAGAUAUACUUGAGGAUUACCUCGUUGAUGGUCUUGGUUGGAAUAUCUGUAGAUUAGACGGCAGCACCAGUCAAGAAGAGCGUGAAGAACAGAUUGAAUUAUUCAAUGAAAAAAGUGAUGAUCCAGAUGCACCAAAAGUCUUCCUCUUGUCUACCAGAGCAGGCGGUUUAGGUAUCAAUCUCGUCGGUGCAGACUCUAUUAUAUUCUAUGACAGCGACUGGAAUCCACAAGUUGAUAUUCAAGCAAUGGACAGGGUACAUAGGAUUGGACAAACGAGACCAGUUUUGAUAUUUAGACUGAUCACACAAAACACAAUUGAGCAGAGAAUGAUGGAUGUCGCGAAAAGCAAGAGAAAAUUAGAAUCAAUGGUCAUUGCUGAAGGCCAAUUCAAACAAGAUAAGAAGUCAGCUAAGCAAGAUGCUGCAACUUCGAAAGCAUUAGCAACACAAGCACGACUUGAAUUUGCACUCAAAGAAUUAGAUAUCUCUGCAGUAAAAACAGUGGCUGAUGAUGAAAAGGUAAUUAGCGAUGAAGAAUUGAAUAAUCUCCUUGAUAGAUCAGAUGACGCUAUGAAGAGGAAACAAGGAUGGACACACUCAGAAGGUACAUCUAAUGUUGCUCAAGUAAUGGGCAUUAGUAAUGACGUAAAUCACGAUGACAAUAUGAAAGUUAAUGAUUUAGAUGAUCAAUCUGCACGAGAGAGCUCCGAUCUGCCUUCAUACGUAGCAUCGGUUGAUCCCUCAAGAGCAGUCUCAGAGAGCGAUAGUUAA